UACAGAAUUUUCUCAAGUCUGCUGAGAAUUCUGCAUUUCAAGUUUUAAGUAAUCUGGAAUAUGGCAUAUAGGGGAAGACUAUUAUAAACUAAUAAUAAUUCAUAUUUGCCAAAAAUCAAAUCUUUAUAAUGCCAACAUAGAAUUAACUAUACACAAAAUGCCCUUAACUGAUCUUAAAAGAAAAAAAGGGAGGGUAUGAGACCUCAUUAAUACUUAAUGUACAUUUGUUUUAUUUAUCAUAUUUGUUGAGCUGCCCAUCUCCUAUAGUAAUUCCAAGUAUUUGGGAGACCACUGAAACAUGCUAGGACUGUACACUUGAAUGAGAAGCUGAAAACACAUUCUGGAAGUCAAACGACUUCUGCACUGCUGCCAUGAAAAUUACAUGGAUGUGUCCAUGAUAUCACUAAGCUUCAUGAAGGUUUUAACUUUUACAUACAGGACAGAAAUAUCACCAAUUUCUCUACCAUUGAGUAAAUGUGCCAUCAAUCCUUCCUUGUCUCAGCACAAAAAUGAUAUAAUAAAAUUGCUAGUUGUAUAUUAAAAUUGGUUACCUACAAUGCCAAUCCCAGAUUUGAUUGUAUCCCUGUCAAAUUGUAUUGUUUUGAUUUAUGGAUGCUGGAUGCUCUAGCCAACUUGACUUUUUUCGCUUUUGACACUGUUGCAGCCUUCCAAAUGUCUCCAGCCCAGAGGAAAACAUCCACCAAGUCAGGGCACAUUAGCAUUAAAUGAAGCUGGCAAGACUCCUGUGGCAUUGUAACAGCAUAUAUAAAUGUAAUAAAUAUUAAUGUUCAGAAAACUAAUCAAAGCACCUCUCAAAAGCAGUUACUAUGAGUCUUCAUGUGUUGUACUAAGUCGAACUGUGAUCUUCCACAAGGAAGACAUUCCCCAAUAUACAAAUAGGAAAUACAUUAAAGAAUAUACAGUAUAAAAGCAUGAUUUUGUUGGGCUGAAAAUUCCAACUUGCUCCUAGUUGCCAUUAGAUUUCUGUCAAAGACAUUCUUUAUUAGCAAGUUAUGAGACAUACAUUCAAGUGGCAAAUAAAUAUUUAAUUCUGAAUUAAUUUUUUAUAUUAAACUUAAUUUUAAAGUCUUUCAGGGUGGAGAUAAUCCACAAAUGAUACCAUAAUCCUUACCUCAUUCAUAAAAGAAUAUGAAUUCCCAUGUUCUUUAGCAUGAAAACAAGUGUACAGCAUGUAUUUGAGUGGUCCCAGCAUUUUCUAAAUAUUCUCAACUGCAAAAAGUUUGAGAAACAAUGAACAUAUAACUGAAAUGUAAGUCCCAUAAAAAUGGAGAAGAAAUACUUUCAAGUACAAUAUAGAAUUGCAGCCUGUUGAAAUCUAUUUAGGCUGAAACUUUUAUUUAAAGGCAAUGUUAGUAUUAACUAUGCCUAUAUACAAAAUAAGAUAAAGAUUACACAAUUCUCACUUGUUAGCAAUCCUAUAUUGGAAAAAUGCAAUUUUCAUCCAAUAAACAUUUACCUUUCUUUUUAAAAAUAGAAAGUUCAGAAAUACUUCUGGUUGUUACUCACAGGUUCUCAUUUGAAUUAUUUUGUAGUUUGAGUAAACAAUAAAUAUGGCUACAAAGGGUAAAUGUGACUUUUUAAAUUGUAAUACACUACUAUACCUUAAUUCAUAGUAAAUGUUUACUCUUGUUUUUAAUUAUAUAUAUGGGGAAGGGCAAGUAGUAUAUGUUUAAAUUUAUUUUUACCCUGAUUUCUUUGUAAGUUCCUUUGAUCAUUAAUCUGCCUUUUCUUGUUACAUAUAUUACAAGGCAGUAAACAACACAGAAAUUGUUAUUUUAAUUUUUUUCUGUUGAACCUCUUCAGAGUUCUUCUAUAGAAAAAAAAGUGGGGGGCAGCCUUUGGCACGCUAAUCUUUUUAAAAAAGAUAAAGUUGAGCCCAUUGAAUUGACAACAUAAGAAUGUCAACAGAAAAUCCAAACAAUGCACAUAAUAUUGGAGUUAAGCUACAGGGAUUAUCUUUAAACCAACUUGAAAAUAAGUUUGUCUGAAAACAUGUUUGUAUUUACUCUCAAGUGAGGGAGUAAGACUACAAGCACAAAUCACUUCACAACGAAUAUUUUCAAAUGGGGUGGGGGAGAAGGGAGGCUUAUCAGGGUUUAUGUUAAAGCCAGCCUCUUUUUUUUUUUCCUCCGCUCCGUCUUUACUUUUCCAUGUGGAAAAGGUUAUCAGACAAGGCAGGCGAAGAGGCUGCUCCCUUUUGGCGGAGCUAUGCACAGAUUCUGACAAUGUAAUACGCAAGAAUUUUAGGCUAACAUGAUACAUAGCCUCGGCUUGCACUGAAGCUCAAUAAGGAAACCGGACACAAACAAGCACGCAUAUUACACACACACAUAUCACACGCGACCAGGUCAAAAGUUGACUGCCUCGCCAGCUUCCCUCCGGAUCCUUUUUUGUUGCGUCCUGGCAGAGCUGAUUUUCCGCCCAAGGUAACAAACAGCGUGAGUAGGCGCCGGAGGGGGAAUUAGGUGGGGAUCGUCGUGUCCGUUCCUGCUGGCUAAAGGUCCGGGCCGGAUUUUGCACCUUGUCCCCGGGACUGCCUCACGGCCUGGACGAGCUGGAGCUGCUGCGGCUGUGUUUAUUGAGCGCUCUUGUCCUGGUAUCACUCCGCUGGCAUGGACGAGGAGGAGGCGGACGAGGUGGAAGAGUAACGCACUUGAUCCCUGUGGUGGUGAUGGCAGAGGAGAAGCAGCGGGCAGAGCGGAGCCCGAGCGGGUCCCUCUGCGUGUAGCAGCGCCGCGGACGCUCUGCCAGCCCUUCAGCCGGCUACCUUUGCAGAUCGCCCCGGAUUGUUCACGUGUUGAUUUCCCCCAGCCGGAGGAUUUGCUUUUUUAGGUUCCUGUUGAAAAAUACAACUGAGCAGCCAAAGUACUUUGAGAACACGGUGCGGCAUAAACACCCAAACUUUUUUUCCCUCCCUUUUCUUCCCCCUCCCCCCGGAAAGAAAACACAAUUAAGCAAGCGGCGUUGCCUGUCUUCGGCUGGUGUGAGGUGUGAAUGCGUUGUGGGUCGUACAUGUGUGUUCCUUGACCAGUGGGUGCCCGUCCUAGGCAUUUUGUGAACGUGUGGAGUGCGAGUGCGGAAAGACUCUCUCUACACAAGGCUUUUGGGGACGUCUUCCCUCCUCCCGCUUUUAUGUUUUAAUACAUGGGGGAGACCUAGAAGGUUUUCGGUCCGGAAUUUCUUUCGGAAAGGAUAGAUUCUUCCAAAGGGAAGCAGCUCUGAGCUCUCCUCCUUGGAGUUUGUAAGCGAGCGGCGGCGGCUGCCUUGUUUGUUGAUUGUGGCUGGCGAUAACCUUACAGCACCACCUCCGGGUUUGGGCUUUCUGCUUUUGGCGUUUUUUGUUUUUUUUUACUCCUCCUUCCCUCCCAUCCGAGGGGAUCGGCAAGAAACAGCUUUUGCUGUUUCGUUGUUUACAAGCCCCCAACAUUUUUGCUCGGGUCUGUUAGCGUUUCCAUGGCCCACUAAAGAGUAUCCCAAAAGGAGGAUUCCCCCUCCUUCGGCCUUUCUGCCUGCUGUGUGGCGCCCGCGUGUAAAAGGAGAGGAGGAAAAAGUUCUUCCAAAAUAGUGUGCGCAGGGAAGGGGAUGGGGGAUUUUCCAACCCCCGCUGCCGCCACCAACGGCAGCAGCAUUUGCCUCAACAAUAACCUGAGCAGCAGCCUCGGCGGGGCCGGGAUCGGCGUGAACAGCGCUCCCCACGGGCCUCCUCCCGGUCACAAUGCUACUCAUAGCGGCGGCGGCGGUGCUAACGGGAGCGGCGGCAUUCCCAAACACAGCACCGUGGUGGAAAGGCUCAGGCAGCGCAUCGAAGGCUGCCGGAGACAUCACGUCAGCUGCGAGAACAGGUACCAGCAAGCCCAGGCCGAGCAGCUGGAGCUGGAGCGAAGGGACACGGUGAGCCUUUACCAGAGGACCCUGGAGCAAAGGGCCAAGAAAUCGAGCGCCGGCGGUGGCAGCAAGCAAGCACAUUCGAGCAAACAGCCACAAGAUGCCGAGCCUGCUACAGCCGAGCAGAGGAAUCACACACUGAUCAUGCUUCAAGAGACAGUGAAGAGAAAAUUAGAAGGAGCACGCUCACCCCUCAAUGGAGAACAGCAGAAUGGUGCCUGUGACAGAAGCUUCUCUCCAACUAAUAAGCGGAUACGGAAAGAUGUACCUGGGAUUGAGAGACUCAGUAGUUUGCCAAACAGUUUGCCUUUGUCUUCUAUUUCUCCUCUUCACCAGCUUGACCUAAAGCCAUCUUUGCCCCUGAAAAACAGUGGAAUUAAUGAGGGUACCCUGGAAGACUUAGGUAAAAAUGGUGGACCUUCUGACCUAAAACUCUCAAUCAAUGGAUGUACCGAGCUUGAAGAUAGUUUUAACAUUCUGCACAACAAUAGUAGCAGCAACAAAGAACUGAAACAGGAGCCCUUGGAUGAUCCCAACUGCACUGACAAUUCUGACACAUCCCUUUCCAAUCAGAAUAAACUCUUUUCAGACAUUAACCUGAAUGAUCAGGAGUGGCAGGAAUUAAUAGAUGAGCUAGCUAACACUGUUCCAGAAGAUGAUAUACAAGAUUUGUUCAAUGAAGACUUUGAAGAGAAAAAGGAACCUGAAUUUCCGAGACCAGCCACUGAGAUUCAGGAGACUGCCAGUGUUAAAAGUGAUCCAUGUCAUUCUCCAUUUGCUCACUUACCAACAGGCUCUCCCCAAGUAAGACCAUCAUCAUCAGGGCCUCCAUUUUCAAAUAUCCCUACAGGUUCCAGCCUCCCUUCAGUCUCUAAUGGUCCUCCGCCUCCAAGCCUGGAUAGUUCACUAGCAAACUGUGUGGUUCAGUCCCCUCAGACUCCCAACCAAGCACACCUCUCAAACCAAACUCAGUCACGACCAGGCAGUGGUUUCCACAUGAAUCCAACAACAGUGACAACAGCAGGCCCAGGGCCUAGCCAAGUAACUGUGACUAGCACUGACUUGUCUCCAGCUGAGCAGUUGAAGCAGAUGGCAGCCCAGCAGCAGCAGCGGGCUAAGCUGAUGCAGCAGAAACAGCAGCAGCAGCCACCCCCACCACAGCAUCCAAACCAAGUAUCUAGCUGGUCGCCAGUGGGGCCUCCAUCUAGUCCUUAUGGAGGACCUUUCAGUACAGAUAAACCAAAUAGCCCGAUGAUGUACCCCCAAGCCUUUAACAACCAAAAUCCUGCAGUGCCUCCCACGGCAAACAACUCACAAAAGACUAUAAUAAAUAACUACCUCCCUCAAAACCAUAUCAAUAUGAUUAGUCAGCAGCCAAAUAAUCUGGGUACAAACUCUUUGAACAAACAAGGCAAUAUGCUUUCUUAUGGCAACACUAAACCUCUGUCUCAUUUCAAUGCUGAUCUUAGUCAAAGGAUGACUCCACCAAUGUCCAAUUCCAACAAGAGUCCUAUGAUGCCAUAUAUCCAGCAACAACAGCAACAGAUUCCCCAACAGCCACCAAUUCAGGCUCAAAUGACACCUUUGAGUGAGGAGCAGAAGCGCAUACUUAUUUUGAAGCAGAAAGGAAUGAUGAACCAGCCAGUAGCUUAUGGAACUCUUCCAUCUCUAGGUCAGGACCAGCACACUGUGGCAUUGUCUCGAUCCACAGGUCCCAUGCAGUCCGCUGUACCCUCAGGACCCAGUAAUGUGGGCACAAAUCCUGGCAAUGCCAAUUUCUUGAGCAACCAACCUCAAGCAGCCAUUAUGAAGCAGAUGCUGAUUGAGCAAAGGGCCCAACUCCAUAUGAUGGAGCAGCAGAAGCAACAAUUUCUUCUAAGGGAGCAACGGCAGCAGCAGCACAUCUUGGCGGAACAACAUUUACAGCAGCAGUCACAUUUGCCUCGGCAGCACUUUCAGCAACAGCAGCGAAAUGCUUAUCCAGUCCAACCAGUCACUCAGUUUCCAGGCUCACAUGGCUAUUAUUAUCCAGGAAAAGAUAUCUUUGACUUAAGGAGUUGCUGA